AUGGAAUUCAGCAAGAGAAAAGGAGGGUGGAGCUCUAGACGCAGCGGGAUGAUUAAACAUAAGGCCCUGGAGCUCAAGGAGAAGGAAGGGACAUGCAAGGCCGUCGAAUACCUGGAAAGAUUCUAUGACUGCAUUUGCAAGGGAGACAUGAAGCAAGUGGAGGCCAUCGAACAAGCCCAGCAGGAAAACAAGGAUGUGUGCUUGUUCACAGCCAGCAAUCACGUCGAAUACGAAUUUAACAUCAAGGAGAUGUUUCAGAGAAAUCGCCGGACAGGAACUGUCCGCCCGAUCAGGAAAGUGAUCCUAUGA